UCGGCGUUACUGACCCCGCCCUAUGGGUCUCCCUGUGCCACUGCAGCGAAACCGACGUUAAAAAGAGAGGAGUUGAGUCAAAAAACAAGAACCUGAAUAUCACUAGCACCGUGUUUUUGUAAUAGCGAGACCCCCUUUUUAUAUCGUUUUUUCUCCCCACGUCCUCAUUUCCUGGUCAACCUAUUUCAUCAUCCAACCGGCAAGAUGGGAAAUGAAGCAAGUUACCCCCUGGAAAUGUGCUCGCAUUUCGAUGCUGAUGAGAUUAAGCGUCUGGGAAAGAGGUUUAAGAAACUGGACCUAGAUAACUCUGGAUCCCUUAGCGUGGAGGAGUUCAUGUCCCUGCCUGAACUCCAGCAGAACCCGCUGGUCCAGAGGGUCAUCGACAUCUUCGACACCGAUGGAAACGGAGAGGUGGACUUCAAGGAAUUCAUCGAGGGAGUCUCACAGUUCAGUGUCAAGGGGGACAAGGAGUCAAAGCUUCGGUUUGCCUUCCGGAUCUACGACAUGGACAAGGAUGGCUACAUCUCCAACGGAGAGCUCUUCCAGGUGCUGAAGAUGAUGGUAGGAAACAACCUGAAGGACACCCAGCUGCAGCAGAUUGUGGACAAGACCAUCAUCAACGCAGACAAGGACGGAGACGGCAGGAUAUCCUUCGAAGAGUUCUGCUUAGUGGUGGGUGGCCUUGACAUACACAAAAAGAUGGUGGUGGACGUGUGAGCCCCCCCCUCCGCUCCCCCCCCCCCCCCGCUUUCUUCUCCAUCUGUCUCUGAAGAUCUGCCCAAGACAUCUGACAAACGCUCUCUGUGUAUUUCAAUGGAAAUAUUCUCUCUCUCCUUGAAGCCACUUUUUUUCUUAAGAAACCACGAGCCUCGUGAAGCCAACUGUGUUAUUGAACUCCGAUCCUCUCAAUAACCCCAAGAAAGACAGAUAUUCUUGUUUGUAAAGAACAUCCCAGUUCAAUGGAGGAGGGAGGGGGAGAAAUGUUUGCUUGUUUAUAUUUAGUUAAUUUUUUUUUUAUAUAUAUUUAUUUUCGUUCUGGUCUCUCUUUUUUUUUAAAUACACAAAUACUCAUGUAUAUCUAUAAUGGCUCUCUCGUGGUUAAAUGUGACGUUAUCUGAGGUGUUACAUUAAAUACAAAUACUUGAUUUCAGUUACAAUUGAAAAAAGUAGGGUGUGAAGUGCCAACCAGGACAUACCCAGAAACCAGCUGAUAUUGUUAUUACUAUGAACUAUCCACGUCGUUGUCAGUGAUGGAUGACUAGUGUGUGAAACAUCAAGCGUUCCUACAUCGUCACAUGAUGACUAGUGUGUGAUACGUCAAGCGUUCCUACUUCAUCACAUGAUGACUAGUGUGUGAUACGUCAAGCGUUCCUACUUCAUCACAUGAUGACUAGUGUGUGAUACGUCAAGCGUUCCUACAUCGUCACAUGAUGACUAGUGUGUGAAACGUCAAGCGUUCCUACAUCGUCACAUGAUGACUAGUGUGUGAUACGUCAAGCGUUCCUACUUCAUCACAUGAUGACUAGUGUGUGAUACGUCAAGCGUUCCUACGUCGUCACAUGAUGGUUAGAUGCACAUUUUAUUUUCACAAAUAAACAGCAAUUUCUUUUGUUCCAUUUCCAUCCUCUUGAGCAAGUUGUGAUUAGAUCAGUUAAACUUCCAAUCACAUGAAACAUACAAUAUAAUGUUAUUGUAACAUGAAUGUUUUAUUUAUAGUUACUUAUAUUGUCGGAAAUUAUUAUUCUGUUUCUUGUCAGACUUUCUGGAAGAAAAAACCCCGAAAUGUCAAGUAGAGAUACAUGCCAAGAAAGUGUUUUCGUCAUUUAUUGACUUUGAUGACAUAUUUUUACGUUGAACAGUCUGCAUUGGUCUACAUAAGUCACCCAAUCCAAAGUAACAGGUAGCCUGGCAGUUAGAGGUUAGCCAGCAUCCAGAGGGUUGCCAGUUUGAAACCCGAGGUCUGAUGGGAAAAAUCGUUUGGGAAGUGAACAGGCAACGAGAUGGUUGUUGGUAUCAAAUCCUAGGUGAUCUUGAGCAAGGCACUUAACCCCGUACAGCAACUGUUCCACGGGUUCCGUGGUAAGGCUGCUCCAACCUGUGUGUGUGUGUGUGUGUGUGUGUGUCUUUCGGAGGGUUUUGGAAUAGUCACGUUUCAGUUGCAUCUUGAAUAAAGUGGCCUAGAGCGCAUCACUCAAAUUGAAGAAUCUCUCUUCAAGUCAUGGAGCGCAUCUAUGAAAAUCUAUUGUAUUACAUUUUGAACUGAAGUUUGGAGGAAUAUCCUGAGCCUAAUGACAUCGAGAUUGAAAAAAAUUCUCGACAUUGAUUGUAAAUGUCAGUGUGUUAUUGAGACAACAUGUAAGGGAUAAUCAACAAGAGGCUAUACGUUCUAUGGAAAAUAAUGCACGACGUGGAAGGUGUGUUCCACGACGCGCUAGCGGAGCGAAACUAACCUUCCACUGAGUUGCACUAUUUCCCAGAGAGCCUGAGUUGAUUAAUGCUUUUAUACCCCAGCUAUAAAUUAAACACGUUUGCCGCUAGAAAUGUGUUCAUUUGCAAAGUAGCUAGAAAGUUGCCACGGGAACCAAACAAACAGACUUGCUAGUUUAGUUGUUAACCAAACCAUCUGUCCAAGCUUGCUAUAAUGAAAAUCGAAUUCAACAAUGCCGUUUUUCAAAUAUACUUUUGUUUUUAAAAGCAGCUUAAACAUAGAACAUGUAAGAAUGAACUAUAGCCAUUGAAUUCUACCGUGCUGAUGUACUGUGUGUAAUAGGGAAAUAAUGCACGCUCUAGAAUGCCCUUCAAGCCAAUCAGAAACGAGUAUCCAACAAUGCCAUGGUAUAAAUAAUGGAAAGGCAUCGUAUUGAGACUCAACUGUAGGCCGCAUUGUUCGUUUUGUAACCAAUGGACACUGAGUGUACAAAACAUUAAGAACACCAUCCUAAUAUUGAGUUGCACCCACCCCCAACCCUUUGCACUCAAAACAGCCUCAAUUCGUCAGUGCAUGGACUCUACAAGGUGUUGAAAGCAUUCCACAGGGAUGCUGAUCCAUGUUGACUCCAUUACUUCCCACAGUUGUAAUCAAGUUGGCAGGAUGUUCUUUGGCUGGUGGACCAUUCUUGAUACACACGGGAAACUGUGGAGCAUGGAAAAACCCAGCAGCAUUGCAGUUCUUGGUACAAAACCAGUGUGCCUGGCACAUACUAACAUACCCUGUUCAAAGGCACUUAACUCUGUUGUCUUGCCCAUUCACCAUCUGUCUGAAUCUGCACACAUACACAAUCUGUCUAAAUUGUAUCAGGGCUUAAAAAUCAUUCUUUAACCUCCCCUUCAUCUAUGCUGAUUUUUAUUUUAAACGUUUAUUUAACUAGGCAAGUCAGUUAAGAACAAAUUCUUAUUUUACAAUGACGGCCUACCCCGGGACAAACCCUCCCCUAACGACGCUGGGCCAAUUGUGUGCCGCCCUAUGGGCCUCCCGAUCACAGACGGUUAUGAUACAGCCCGAGAUCAAACACGGGUCUGUAGUGACGCCUCUAGCACUGAGAUGCAGUGCAUUAGACCACUGUGAUACAGCCUGGAUUCGAACCCGGGUCUGUAGUGAUGCCUCUAGCACUGAGAUGCAGUGCAUUAGACCGCUGCGCCACUCGGAAGCAGAUUUUAUAAUCGACUUCAUCCCCUUCACCUGGAUUCACCUGGUCAGCCUACGUCAACGGAUAGAGGAGGCAGGUGUUCCUAAUGUUUUGUCCACUCAGUGUGUACACUGUGUAUACUGGAUUAGGUAAAUGUUAUCAAUGUGCAAAUGGGAUGGUGUAUAUUUUAAUGUUUCUUCUUCCACUGCUUGUUUUCCUAUCACGAACGCCUCAUCGUUCCUCUCCCUCUGCGGUAUUAAAAGCAGGGAGAUUAACACAAGCAUUUACCAAACUACCGUAUUUAAAGGGGAGGUGGGCAUCCCUGGCAAAAUGUAAUAACAAAAUGGUGUGUCGGGUUGGCUUUGAGUGACCUGAUAGGUGGGUUUGGACACCAGUGAUUUGUUGUCGGGUUGGCUUUGAGUGACCUGAUAGGUGGGUUUGGACACCAGUGAUUUGUUGUCGGGUUGGCUUUGAGUGACCUGAUAGGUGGGUUUGGACACCAGUGAUUUGUUGUCGGGUUGGCUUUGAGUGACUUGAUAGGUGGGUUUGGACACCAGUGAUUUGUUGUCGGGUUGGCUUUGAGUGACCUGAUAGGUGGGUUUGGACACCAGUGAUUUGUUGUCGGGUUGGCUUUGAGUGACCUGAUAGGUGGGUUUGGACACCAGUGAUUUGUUGUCGGGUUGGCUUUGAGUGACCUGGUAGGUGGGUUUGGACACCAGUGAUUUGUUGUCGGGUUGGCUUUGAGUGACCUCAUUUCCUGGUAUGGACACCAGUGAUUCUAGUGAGAAACAUUGAGUUGGAGAGUCAUCGGAUGUGUAUCGAACGGCACCCUAUUCCCUAUGUGGUGCACUACUUUUGACCAGGGUUGGCACCCUAUUCCCUAUGUAGUGCACUACUUUUGACCAGGCCUCAUAGGACUCUGGUCAAAACGCCUCCCAUUUGCUUGCAGGAUUUUGGUUGCGCAUGUAGAUGAGCCAUUUAAAUAAACCCCUUGUUAAUUAACACAUGAAUGGUGAUGUUAGUAAUUGUGAUGUUUAAUCGUCUACUGGUGGCGACAAUAUGGAUAUGUUCGCAUUAUGAAACAAUAAUCCAAACAAACUGAACUAUUGAAGUGUUUCGUAUUUUCCUCCCGGAUCAACGAGUCUUAUUUGAUUUCCCAGUAAAAGGUCUGUUUCCCCCGUCGACUGCUACACACUGCACUCUGCUUUCACGGGGAGAUAUGAUGCUGUUGGUUUUUGUAUAUAUGUAUUUAUGCAGUUCCAUCUUUCUGUUCUGUUGUCCUUAUAGUUCCAGACUGCUCCUUAGUUUUGUAACUGCUACUUUUUCUAUUUUUUUUUUUGAAGGAGACUGUUUUUUUGUGUGUUUUUUUUGUUUAGUAUGUGGAAAAUGAAAAUGGUUUAAGUUUGAGAUUUCCUUUUCCCCUUUUCUCUGCAUUCUGCAUCUGAUGCUGUGAGACUGUUGGAAACGUGAUACUGUAUGACAAUAACAAAUAAAUACACUUUGAAACAUUGUAA